GUGGAUUUUGACAAACGUAAACAAAACGUACAAAUUUCUUCGAUUCCUCAAAAUAUUCAAUUUUCCAUAAGAAAUCAUCCACAAAAGACCUUUUUCAUCAAUUAAUUUAGUAAAAAAGCACAAGCGGAAGUUCAACAAUGGAUUUCCAAAAUCGUCCCGGCGGAAAAACCGGCACAGGCGGCGUCGCUUCAUGGAGCGAAACGAACCGCGAUCGUCGCGAACGUCUUCGCCAACUCGCCCUCGAAACAAUUGAUCUCGCCAAAGAUCCGUAUUUCAUGAAAAACCAUCUCGGAUCGUACGAAUGUAAACUUUGCUUGACACUCCAUAACAACGAGGGCAGUUACCUGGCUCACACGCAAGGCAAGAAGCAUCAGGCGAAUUUGGCACGUCGUGCAGCGAAAGAAGCAAAAGAAAGCCCGUCAUCGUUGCAACCGGAAAAACCUCGCGUUGAACCGAAGAAAUUCGUCAAAAUUGGUCGUCCUGGAUAUCGUGUGACGAAACAACGAUGCCCGCAUACGGGACAACAAAGUUUGCUCUUUAACAUCGAUUAUCCCGAAAUUACGGAUGGAAUUGUGCCGCGACAUCGUUUCAUGUCAGCAUAUGAGCAGAAAAUCGAACCGCCAGAUCGUAAAUGGCAAUAUUUGUUGUUUGCUGCGGAGCCGUAUGAAACAAUUGCGUUUAAAGUACCGAGUCGGGAGGUAGAAAAAACUGAGGGGAAAUUUUGGACGAGUUGGAAUAAGGAUACGAAACAAUUUUUCUUGCAAUUUGCAUUCAAGGCAGAACCGAAACUGAAUGUUGGAGCCCCGCCGAUGCGAGGACACAUGCCGCCGCAUAUGCCAGCACCAAGACCUCCCAUGUUUGCACCGAUGGCUCCUCCAGCGCAUAUGUUGCCUGUUCCGCCGCCCAUGCAAUAAAUUUUAUUCAACCUCAUUUUAAGUUUGAGAACAAUUUCAGCGUGUUUUGAUAAUAAAUUUCACUUAAUUCCUCGACAGGAAUGUUUUUUA